GGGUACGGUGAAAAUUGUUUAUGGCAACUGCUUGAAAUAUUUGAAUAAGAAAAAGUACGACAAAGAGGCCUGUUAUUGUCGCCUUUAUUGACAUAUUUCGAAGUAUACAGGUUCCUGGGAAUAUGCUGAAUUCAGUGCACUUAGUUGGCGAGGAAGAAGAUGACGAUAUCUAUGGGGGAUUCAAUGUUUAUGAUCCCGCCUUCGCAACCGAGAACCUUGAAGAGGAUGAAGCUUUUCAGCAAGCUUUAAAGACCAGUCAUGGACAGAGACCUGGAGUGAAAACUGGAAAGCUAUCAACUGCAGCAGCAAGAGGCAAAGUUCCUGGUUCAUCUAUGGGAAGGCCAACCACUGGCAUAGCUGCAGAUACAACGCAGGCUAGACCAAUGACGGCUGUGCGCUCAGUUGGGUACAGUUCUAGUGGAAAUCGAGCUGCAACAGGUCAGUAUGACCCUCUGAAUCAAGCACGUGGACCUGCACCACCAUUGGAAAAAAAGGCUGAAGAUAGUCCUGAGGAAAAAGUAAGACAGCUGGAGAAAAAAGUGAAUGAGUUGAUAGAAGAAAGCUGUAUAGCCAAUGACAAAGGAGAGCUUGCCCUUGCAUUGGAGAAAGCAAAAGAAGCCGGUCGCAAGGAGCGUUCAUUAUGUCGUCAAAGAGAACAAACCUCCCUCAGUGAACAAAUGAAUCUUGACCUCACUUAUUCUGUUUUGUUCAAUCUUGCCAAUCAGUAUGAUGCUAAUAAAAUGCACAACGAAGCCCUAAAUACUUAUCAGGUUAUUGUAAAGAACAAGAUGUUUAGCAAUGCAGGGCGCUUACGAGUCAAUAUGGGUAACAUUUACUUUGAGCAAAAGAAAUAUCCACAAGCCAUCAAACAUUAUCGGAUGGCACUGGAUCAAGUACCUAACACUCAUAAAGAAAUGAGGAUUAAGAUAAUGCAGAACAUUGGAAUAGCCUUUAUUCAAAUGGGACAGUACAGUGAUGCUGUAACAUCAUUUGAACACAUCAUGGCUGAGAAAGCUAACUUCCACACAGGGUUUAAUCUUAUUCUGUGUUACUAUGGCCUUGGUGAUAGAGACAAGAUGAAGAAAACGUUCCAGAAACUGAUGACGAUUGACCUUGGCAUUGACGAUGAAGAUAAAUACACAGCAUCCUCUGAUGACAAAGCGCAGACAACGAUUCUUGAGGUCAUAAGAAAUGAUAAACUCAGACAGAUUGAAAAAAAGAAGAAAACACAGGCUGAGAAGUACAUAAUGAGUGCAGCUAAGCUCAUCUCCCCAGCAAUAGAAAACAACUUUGCAGCAGGAUUUGAUUGGUGUAUUGACUGUGUCAAGGUUUCACCUUAUAUGGAGAUGGCUAAUGAGCUUGAGAUCACUAAGGCAGUGACAUACCUAAAGCAGAAAGACUUAAACAAGGCUGUUGAAUGCUUAAAAGGUUUUGAGAAAAAGGACUCUAAAGUACAAUCAACUGCAGCAACAGACCUGUCUUUCCUUUACUUCCUGGAAAAUGACAUCACACAAGCUGACAAGUAUGCCGAACUUGCCAUGUCUGCAGACAGAUACAACCCAGCAGCUCUUGUAAACAAGGGAAACUGUCUUUAUGCUCAAGGAGAGUUUGAGAAAGCAAGAGAAUUCUACCAAGAGGCCUAUAACGUGGAAGCAACAUGCACAGAAUCACUUUACAAUCUGGGUCUUGUUUAUAAAAAGCUUGGUCAAUAUGAAGAUGCUUUGGACUGUUUUACUAAAUUACACGCAAUCCUAAGAAAUCAUCCGCAAGUCAUCUUCCAACUGGCAAACCUUUAUGAGCUACUUGAGGAUAUGAAUCAAGCAACAGAGUGGUACAUGCAACUAGUGUCUGUAGUUCCAACAGAUCCCUUUGUACUGGCCAAACUGGGUGAAAUAUAUGACAAUGAACAAGAUAAAUCGCAAGCUUUCCAAUAUCAUUAUGAGUCCUACAGAUACUUUCCAUCAAAUAUCGACAUAAUUUCAUGGCUUGGAGCUUAUUACAUUGAUUCUCAGUUUUGUGAAAAAGCCAUCCAUUACUUUGAAAGAGCAGCUAUAAUACAGCCAAAUGAGGUCAAAUGGCAGUUGAUGAUAGCAAGCUGCUAUAGACGAAGUGGUAACUACCAACAGGCCUUGGAAACCUAUCGCAGCAUACAUCACAAGUUUCCUGAGAAUGUAGAAUGCCUGAAAUUCUUGGUUCGUAUUUGCACUGACCUUGGCCUUAAAGAUGUACAGGAGUAUGCACAGAAACUUAAAAAAGCUGAAAAAGCAAGAGAACUGAAACAACAGAGAGCAAGUAGCGGCAGUAGUCGCAAAGGCAGUGGUCGAGGGGGAAGUGCAAGUCGACCUGGUGCUGCUGGAUCAAGGAACAACAGUGCUGGAAGUGAUUCAGGUCGUAUUAAUAGUGGUACAAGUCGUUCUGGUGGUAGUGCAGGGGGUAAAGGUAGUCGUAACAGAGGUGUACUGAACGAAAACGAUGACUCCUACACCCUGGGUAGUCCGAAGGAAGUGGAUGCCACAUAUUCAGAUCCUUUGGGUGAAGCACCUGCAAGACCUAAAACAGCAGGUCGUCAACGGCACAUACCACAAGAAGAUGAGUUUGGUGAUGAAGAACUUGGCGAUGAUCUUCUCCCCGAGUAGAUUUCCAAAGCACAUUGUCCCACUAAAGAACAUUCACUAAACACAUGGGUUAAUGGACAUAACAAAGAUAAUAUUAUAAUAGAAUUAUUAGUUGUGAACACCAUGUCAAAGUAGUCAGUCAUUUGAAGAUGAUACUGUUCAGCAAAUUAACUUUGAGAACAGUUAAAAUUAUUUAUUGAAAAAACUUGUAAAUUUGAGCAUUAAUAACUUGAUUAAAAGUUGUGAUUGUCAUACUGAAA